CUGUGCGUCUGAACUUCAGCCUCCGUGCUGUGUGUGAGAGCCGCGAUCGGAUCCUCUAGUGAUCCGUCAAAGCAAAAAUCUUUGGAACAUCAAACCCUAGCAUAGCAUUCUCCGUUGAUUAGUUGUUGGAAUUUCAAUCGCGUUAUCCCCCAAUUUUGAUCGUGUUUUUGGGUUUUGAUUUUUAGAUAUACAAUAUCGUCGAUCAACUUAUCGACAUAGAACCCUAAUUUAUAUCAAUCGUAUUCGGAAGAGAUUGAAUUUGAGGGUUGUUUUUUUCGAAUAAAACCCUAUGGCUGCCAUGAACGUUCAAUCUGGCGACGGUGGGCUUAACAGCCCUACUACGCAGCGAGGGGUUGCAUCGGCGUGGAGUCAGAUUGUCCGCGGUGGCGGCGGUGAGUCAGAAGUGGUUUCUCCGGUUUUAGUGGCGACCGUUGGUUCUGCUCCGGCGGUGCCGGUUCCUGCUCCGGCAUCGCCGUCGUGGUCAUCGUUUCAGGAGCAUGCUAGUAACUUCUCUCCCGAUUGGUCUCCGAGUAAGGUGGUGCAGGAGGCGGUCAGCUCUCCGGAUGAUUCGGGUACAGAGGGUCAGCCUGAUGGUUCUGAUAACAGCGGCGGUAGUAAUGCCUCUAAGAAGCCCGUUUGGAAUAGACCAUCAAAUGGAGUUGUGGAGGUCGUCAGUCCUGUCAUGGGUGCAGCUUGGCCUGCGCUCGGUGAGUCCACUAAAGCUUCCCCUAAAUCCUCUUCAUCGGAGUCCUUAAAAGCCCUUUCAGAUGGUCCGCUGCCGCCUGCAUUACAGGUAGUGACUGGAAAUUCGUCUCCAUCACAGAAACAGGCUAGUGCUAAUAACGUGAAUUCUACUUCAACUCCAAACCAUGUGGCACCAGCAAGGCAGAGGUCCAUGAAGCGAGGAGGUGGCAUUUCUAGUGCAAAUGUAUCAGCUAAUGGAGUGGUUUCUCAGCAGCCACCAAUCAACCAGGAUUCAGUAGCGGAAACUCUACAUAGUACAUCUGGGAAACCUGGUACUGCUGCUGAGCAGCCUUCUCCAAGAGACCAUACUCACAAGGAUUCACAAAGAGGAGGCUUUGGGUCACAAUCUCACAGUGGUAAUGAUCAUCAUCAUCAACGGGGUUCUUAUAGAAGGGGCAAUGGCGGGCAACAUCUGCGAGAUGGUUCUUAUCAUCACAACUACGGAGGGAAACGAGAUCACGAUCGUGGGAAUCAAGAAUGGAACCAACAUAGUAGGAGCUUUAAUAAUAGAGAUACACACUUGCAGUCUCAGAGAGGUUUCUCCAGGGGUUACAUACGUCCCUCUGUACAUACUUCUGCCCCAUUUAUUCCUCCACCGAUGCCUGUGCCAGUGCAGUCCUUUGGCAACAAUAUGAUGUACCCUGAUGUGGCAUCUCCUGUAAUUUAUGUUCCAGGUCCACCUCCACCAGAUUCCCUGCGAGCUAUGCCUUUUGUUGCACCAUUACCGCCUCCAAUGUACUUUGCUGUUCCUGAUCCCCAAUUGCAUGCUAAGAUUGUGAGCCAAAUUGAUUACUAUUUCAGUAAUGAGAACUUGGUCAAAGAUACAUACCUGCGGAGGAACAUGGAUGAACAUGGCUGGGUUCCUAUUAGCUUAAUAGCAGGAUUCAAAAAAGUUUUGUAUUUGACAGAUAACGUUCAGCUAAUAUUAGAUGCUAUGCGAACUUCAACUAUUGUGGAAGUGCAGGGUGACAAGAUACGGAGGCGAAAUGAUUGGAUGAGAUGGAUAAUGCCUGCUGCUGUUGCUGCUGCUGCUCAUGUUCAAUACUCAAAUCCAUCAAGCCCUCAGGCUGUCGGAAGAUCUCCCAAUCACGAGGGGUUGGCGUCACAGCUGGAGGGUGUUGCAUUGCAUGAGGCUACUCGGGUUCCUGUUGAAACUAAUUUUAGCAGGUCAAACUCGGAGGAAUUCACUGGAGGAGAGGAGACCGCGACCAUUGAGGUUAGUGGUUUUGGACAUGCAGCGGCGGCUUGAAGCUGCUUGCUUAUUUAUGCAGCAAACUAUGUUUUGAGAAGAGCGGACCUCAAUGAUGAUGAUAUGGGCUAUCCUUGAUUCCCAUGAAAAUGAUGUUUUGAGAGGCACAUGGACAGACCCCUCCCCCCAAGAAAGAAAAUUGAAAACUUUUAGAAAACCAAAAAAAAAAUGAAAACGAAAAACGAGAGAGGGAAAGGCUUUAAUAAAAGGAACAUAGAAUUACUAUGACGAUGGUUUUGUUGGAAUUUUUUUACUUCUCUUUGGACGAAAGAUGGUUUUGAAAUUAUGUCUGUCCGUUGGUUGUGUUUUGUUGUUUAUACCCAGUGGGGGAGAAUUUUGUGAUUUACUUCCUUCCCCAUGACCAUACUCCUGCUGCUGAGCUCUGCUAUGUCUUUGCAGACGUCUGGUAUUUGAUCAAUGAAUGGAUGAUUGUGUGCUUGUAUC